AUGAGUGGUGUUCCGAAGAGAUCUCACGAAGAGGGUGUUACUCAUCCAUCUUCUUCCUCAGCCAAAUACCCUCACGAUGAUUCAGGAUCUUACCCUAAAUCCACGCAUCCUCCGGUAACUCCACCGCCGGCUCAGGUUCACCACCACCAUCAACAACCCCAUCAGCAUCUCCAACCUCAGUCUCAGUCUCAAUCUCAGUCUCACCUUCACACGCUUCCUCAUCCCCAUCCCCAUUCUCACUCCCAUCCACCACUCACUGCUGCUUCUCCUUCUGCUUACGAUGUCGAAUCAAGAACCGUCAAGGGACCGAGAAGUGAGCCUAGAGAUGGAGAGAGACGCUCUCCUCUGCAGCUCGUGUAUCGGUCUCCGUCCCUGCCUACUCCUGUUACUCCAAGUGAUCCUCAUUUGACUCACCCCCCUGCGCUGCUGGAGCACAGAGAUGGUGGUAAGGAUAGGGUUGAGAACAGAGAAAACAGGAAUGAUGGUGUUAGAGAGACUUACAGUGAGACUAAGAGAGAGAUUCAGGGUCCUAAGAGUGAGAGGGAUGCCAAGUUUGAUAGAUCGGUCGAUGACUCUAGCGGGAAAGGUAAUACUAGAAGUGAUGGGAGAGAGACUUACAGUGAGGCUAAGAGAGAGAUUCAAGGCCCUAAGAGUGAUAGGGAGCGUAUAGCCGAAGCUAACAGCGGAAGCUAUACUAGGGACACUAAGUUUGAUAGGGAGAAUCAGAAUUACAAUGACCAAAAGGCUGAGCCUAAGAUGGAAAAGGACGGGCAUGCUCACUCGGCUUGGAAAGAGCAGAAAGAUUACCAUAGAGGGAAGAGAGUUGCUGAAGGUUCGAGUGCAAAUGUGGAGCCAUGGGUUGCUUCACGUGGUAAUCUGCAAGGUCCAACUGAGGCUGGGGUAAAAGAUCUCUCGGCACCUGUGGAGGGACCUCAUUUAGAAGGGCGUGAGACUGUAGGAGAGAACAAGGUUGAUGCAAAAAGCGAGGAUAGGUUUAAGGACAAGGAUAAGAAGAGAAAAGAGUUGAAGCAUCGUGAAUGGGGGGACAGAGACAAGGAUAGAAGUGACCGUAGAGGAUCUGUGCUUGUUGGUGGUGUCAUGAGUGAAGUAAAAGAGAUUGGAAGAGAGGAAAGAGAAACUGAUAGGUGGGAACGAGAGAGGAAUGAGCAGAAAGACCGUGAAAGGAAUAAGGAGAAAGAGAAAGAUCAUGUGAAAAGAGAGCCAAGGACUGGUGCUGAGAAAGAGGUCUCGCAGAAUGAGAAAGAUUUGGGAGAAGCAUCUGCCAAACCUGCAGAACAGGAAGUUGUGGCACCAGAGCAGAAGAAGAUGAACGAACCUGAUGGCUUGGAAAAAGAGGAAAGAGAAUCAAAGGACAAAAGGAGGGAGAGGGAUGGUGAUUCCGAAGCAGAAAGAGCUGAAAAGCGCAGCAGAAUCGGUGAAAAGGAAUCUGAAGAUGGGUGUUUGGAGGGUGAUGGAGCAACAGAGAGGGAGAAGGAUGCCUUCAGUUAUGGAGUUCAGCAGAAGAAGAGAAUGCUGAGACCGAGAGGCAGCCCACAAACCACAAACCGCGACCAUGUUCGUUCGCGGAGUCAGGACAACGAAGGAGUUCAAGGUAAUCAUUCAUUUCUAUAUCCUCGAGAAAGGAUUGAGUUGCACUGCUUGGAGACCAACAGCAAAUCAGAGAUGUCGAUUGUUGUUUACAAAGUUGGGGAAUGUAUGCAAGAACUGAUUAAGUUGUGGAAAGAAUAUGAAGCUUCUCAGACUGACAAAAGUGGUGAUUUCGCAAGUAAUGGCCCCACUCUUGAAGUUCGGAUUCCAGCUGAGCAUGUUACUGCUACUAAUCGCCAAGUAAGAGGGGGUCAGUUAUGGGGAACGGAUAUAUACACAGAUGAUUCCGAUCUUGUUGCUGUUCUCAUGCAUACAGGUUACUGUCGUCCCACAGCUUCCCCUCCUCCACCGACAAUGCAAGAGUUGCGUGCUACCAUCAGAGUCUUGCCAUCACAAGAUUACUAUACCUCCAAGCUAAGGAACAAUGUCCGCUCUCGAGCAUGGGGAGCAGGAAUUGGUUGCAGUUACAAAGUUGAGCGGUGCUAUAUUCUCAAGAAAGGAGGUGGAACUAUCGAACUCGAACCCUCUCUUACACACUCCUCAACUGUUGAGCCAACACUUGCACCAAUGGCUGUUGAGAGAUCUAUGACCACCAGAGCUGCAGCUUCGAAUGCUCUGCGGCAACAAAGGUUUGUUCGAGAAGUAACAAUACAAUACAACCUCUGCAAUGAACCAUGGAUCAAAUAUAGCAUAAGCAUUGUCGCUGAUAAGGGUCUCAAGAAGCCUCUCUUCACCUCUGCUCGCUUGAAGAAAGGAGAAGUCUUGUACUUAGAAACACAUUCAUGCAGGUAUGAGCUCUGUUUUGCGGGAGAGAAGACAAUCAAAGCAUUCCAAGCCUCACAACAACAGUCAUCACAUGAAGCCAUGGAGAUCGAUAACAAUAACAACAAGUCAGUGAACCAUGUUCCUCCUGUGACAAACGGUGACAAAACAACAGAUGCAGACAACAGUAUAAUCGAUGUUUUCCGUUGGUCGAGAUGUAAGAAGCCUCUCCCGCAGAAGCUUAUGCGGUCUAUCGGGUUUCCACUCCCACCAGAUCAUGUCGAGGUGUUGGAGGAGAAUCUUGAUUGGGAAGAUGUACAGUGGUCCCAAACCGGUGUUUGGAUUGCUGGCAAAGAGUACACUCUUGCUCGUGUUCAUUUCUUGUCUCCCAACUGA